AUUCGUCGGAACUCACAGAGCGGGUACGAGAACGUUGUGAUGGUGCGAUCAUUCAAUUAUUCAAGUAAAUAGGUACCUAUCGGUUGUUCCACUAGUGAGUACUUUGCAUUUUGUGCGGAUACCUGGCGCUAGCGAUGAUUUCGAUCGGUCAUUAGAGGACCACUUCCGCUUUUUGGUUUUUCGUUUGUCGGAUUAGUGAGUGAGAAUGCCUUAUAACAGAUCAAGACAAGACAAUUGGUGGAAGAGGAGGACUAGUCUAGAAAAACAGCUAUCAUAUAUUGCUCUUGGAUCAAUAGUUACAGCUUUAAUUCUUUUCAUAUCCCUAAUAUUCUAUCACCAAUAUGGCGUACCCAAGGGGGUAUGUCUGUCUAGUGGCUGCGUUCACGCAGCUUCGGAUAUUCUGGGCAGGUUAGACGAGGACAUAAACCCUUGUGAAGAUUUCUAUAGUUUCGCAUGUGGAGGUUUCAUCAAGACAAGAACAAUUCCAGAUGAUGUGUCAGCUUACAGUGCCUUUACGGAAGUUCGAGAAAACUUGAUGAAACAGCUCAGAGCUAUUUUGGAAGAACCUGAAGAUCCUAGCGAUAUCACCGCAGUGCAGGUGGUGAAAAGUUACUAUAAAGCUUGCAUGAAUGAAGAAAUGAUCAACGCUGAAGCCCUGGUGGAAGCUCAAACUCUGAUGAACACCUUGGGUGGCUGGCCAGUUCUAGAAGAAGUUUGGGAUCCCAACAAUUUCGAUUGGAUAGAGGAACUGAAGCUUUUCAAAGAGCAAGGUUUAGACUUUAACUAUCUUUUGUCCAUUAAGGCAGGAAAGGAUAUUGGUAACUCCUCUGCACGUAUUAUCACUGUUGAUCAACCACCUGUUUUUGGACUGACCAUACAUAAUUUAGUCAAAGGCAUACACGACAGUUCUGUUAGAAACUACCUAGAACUAAUGGUUGACUUUGCCGUGAUGUUUGGUGCGGCUGAAUAUGAGGCUACCGCUGAUAUGGAAGAAGCCCUUUUGUUCGAGAUCAAACUGGCAAAGAAAACAGUAUCUAAAAUCGAAAAUCGCAACUCGUCCCAGUUUUACAACAAAAUGACGCUCAAACAACUGAAACAACAAUAUGGCACUAUCGACUGGAUGAAACUUUUCCAGUAUAUUUUACCGGAAGAAGUGAAACUUUACGAUGAUAGAGAAAUAAUGGUGGAAGUGCCGAGCUACAUAGAUGGGCUUGAGAAAUUAUUGAAAACAACAGCUCCCAAAACUGUAGCAAAUUAUCUGUUUUGGAGAGCAGCCUUGGAGAUAUGGCCUUUCCUGCCUCAGAAAUUCGAAGAUCGCAUAACCAGAUACAAAAAAGUUACGGGUGGAAUUUCACAAAGUUCGCCAAGAUGGAAGAAGUGUUUAGACCUUACGCAAGCCCAUCUACCGCUUUUGCUAGGCGCCACCUAUGUGAGGCGAUACUCCAACGAGGAAACCAAAGUUUAUGCUGCUGAGAUGGUCGACUACAUAAUGACAGAGUUCAAGAAGACUUUGCAGUACGGAACUCCAUGGAUGGACGAAUCAACGCGAAAACAGGCUUUAAUGAAAGCUGACAAAAUUAAAGCGCAAAUCGCUUAUGCUAACGAAAUGUUGGACGACAAACUUCUGAAUGAAUUAUGCGCUGAGAUUUUCGUUAACGAAAAAGCCUUCUUGACUUCCUUCCUGAACAUAAAUAGACACGAAUGGAACAGAUUACUCAGGAAACUGCUAGAUCCUACCGCAAGGAACGAUUGGACAGAGACUGCAGGUCCUAUUGUAGUUAACGCUUACUACCACAGACUUGAAAAUACCAUCAUUUUACCAGCUGCAAUCCUUCAGGGGGUUUUCUUCAACAGGAACAGACCUGGCUUCCUGAACUUCGGCGCAAUUGGGACAAUAGUUGGCCACGAAAUAAUUCACGCCUUCGACGAUCAAGGCAGUCAGUUCGACGAAGAUGGCAACUUGAGGAGUUGGUGGAACCAAGACACUCUUGAUGCUUUCGCCGAAAAAGCAAAAUGUUUUAUAGAAACUUUCAACAGUAUUAGAGUAGAAGAGGUGGACGAAAAUGUAAGCGGAACCAGAACCCUAGGUGAGAACAUAGCUGACAAUGGGGGUGCCAAACAGGCAUAUUUGGCGUACCAAUCGUGGACGGACCAGUACGGCAGCGAAAGCAAACUGCCGGGUUUGAAGUACAAUCCCAAACAAUUGUUUUGGAUAGCUAGUGCCCAGAAUUGGUGUAGCAAGGAAAGACUUGAAUAUUUGAGACAGAAAGUGGCUUCGGAUACGCACACUCCUGAUAAAUACAGAGUGAACGCGAACUUUCAGAAUUUGGAUGUAUUCUCUAAAGAUUUCAAAUGUCCUUUAGAUAGUAGGAUGAAUCCUCGCAAUAAAUGUUCAGUUUGGUAACUUAACUCGAGGAGAAAUGAGACUUAUUAUAUAGCUAUAGGUACUUUUUUCAAUAAAUUUUAUGAAGUUUU